UUAAAUACAUAUAAGAACGGACUAUGAAUACCGGCCUAUGGUCGCAGUACUGAAGUGGCGACAACAAGUAAUGCCAUCUUCAUGUUGAGGCUCAAAACUUUUCAACCCACCCUCGUAAGUCCAUUAUCCGACACGCUAAAUAACCUAACGGUUGACGGCGUUCCCGCAGAGGGAAAAUACAAAAAAAAAGUCCAUUAUCGAGAGAGGACGGCGAGAAUCAUGUCUUCCGAACAAUUGCUGUCAAGCUUGAUUAAGAAGAAGUCCUUGGCCUCCACAUGGCAGGCUGCUCACUGCAGGGAGACACUGACGAUGGCACAAAUACUUGAGACGGACGUAGAAAAAUCCGUAGAUGAUAUAUUACAAUCGAAGCUGCCUUUGAUAGCAACCGGCGAUUUAUUAUUGGGAGUGGCACGAAUCAGCUUAAGCAAAUCCGAGUCUUUACUAGCCGACUGCGCUGAAUUCUGCGUGAAGACCGAAACGGCCGUCACGCCUAGAAAGGUAGAGCUGCCUGAAGAACGCUGUGAGACAGCUGUAACAGCUUUGCCAGAAGUGUCUCACGAUUUCGAUACCGUUAUGCCCGAGCCUGAGUAUCUCGACAUCGAAGCUCAAUUUAGUUUGAAUCAUUCCAGAGAAGAAGAAAUAACAAGGGAAGAUUGUGACAGUUUAUCUUUGGUUACGCACGAUAAGGGCUUUGGUAACAUGAGUUGCGAUGAUAAGUCAGAGUUGCUGCGACAUGGCAGUGACAUAGAAUUGUCUACGUCAGAUCAGGUACUUACAGAACUUUGUGUCCUUCUCAGUUUUAAUUAUUUAAUUCUGGUUACCACAUAGUAACGAGUGAAAAUUGAAUGUUUUAUACAUUUUUCCAAAAGUGUUUAUAUUUUAGAGUAAUAGAAAUAAUGCAUAAAUGCAUAACAGUAAAGCAGUCUAAAUAUAUUGUUCCUGUAAAAACUUUAUAAAAUGUGUUUAUAGUUUUGUUAUUGCAUAUA